GAGAUGGGGAUGGGUGGCUGUGAUCCUAAUGGAUUUCUUAGGCUAAUGGCCUGGGAGGGGCCCUGGAAGUUUCCCAGCCUCCAAAUUGUCUGCUGAAAGCAGAAGGGGAGGGUGGGGCAGAUUCAUUUGCACCUUGGGUACAUAUCUGUUCCUGGCUGUGACUCACUUCCCUCUGGAGCAGGGCCUCGGGUGAGAUGUUUACCUGUUCCACCUCCCCUUCACACUGCCUUACAGCUCCCCUCCCCGUGGGGCGGAUCUCUGACAGCACAGAGCAGCUCUGCCCUUCUGUCUACCCCACGGAGCCCUCGACCAUGGCAGCGCUGGUGGCUAGACUAUCCAAGCAGCAGGCGGCAGCUGAAGGUCUUGGCUCCAACCAGAAAGCCGUGAAGUACUUGGGCCAGGACUUUGAGACCCUGAGGCAGAAGUGCUUGGACUCAGGGGUCCUAGUUAAGGAUCCAGAGUUCCCAGCGUCCCCACCAGCCUUGGACUACGAGGAUCUUGGACCAUGCUCCCCCCAGACUCAAGGCAUUGUUUGGAAGCAGCCCGUGGAAUUGUGUCCCAGCCCUCAGUUUAUCGUUGGUGUAGAGCGUACAGACGUUUGUCAGCGUGUGCUAGCUCAUUCCUGUGAACGGGCACUGUGUUUCCUCCCGCGGUUCUGGCAGUAUGGAGGGUGGGUGGAGGUGGUGGUGGACGACAGGCUGCCCACCAAGGACGGGGAGCUGCUCUUCCUGUGCUCCGAGGAAGGCAGUGAGCUCUGGAGCGUGCUGCUGGAGAAGGCCUACGGCUUUGAGGAUUUCACAGGUGGCAUCUCUGAGUUUUAUGAGCUGAAGAAGCCACCAGCCAGUCUGUUUCAGAUCAUCCGGAAGGCCCUUCGAGCAGGGUCUCUGCUGGCCUGCUCCAUUGAUGUCUCCAGUGCAGCUGCAGCAGAAGCCAUCACCAGCCUGAAGCUGGUUAAGAGUCACGCGUCCUCUGUCACUGGAGUGGAAGAGGUGGAUUUCCGGGGCCAUCCAGAGAAGCUGAUGAGACUCCGGAACCCGUGGGGCGAAGUGGAAUGGAUGGGGGCCUGGAGCGAUGAUGCACUAGAGUGGAAUUACAUAGAUCCCAGGCAGAAAGAAAAGCUGGACAAGAAAGCUGAGGAUGGAGAGUUCUGGAUGUCUUUUUCGGAUUUCUUGAGGCAGUUCUCUCGGCUAGAGAUCUGCAACCUGUCCCUGGACUCCCUGAGCAGCGAGGAGGUGCACAAGUGGAACCUGAUUCUAUUCAAUGGGUACUGGAUACGGGGCUCCACUGCCGGCGGCUGCCAGCACUCCGCAGCCAUUUACUGGACCAAUCCCCAGUUCAAAAUCUGUUUGGACGAGGUGGGCGACCACCAGGAGGAGAGCAUUGGUGAGCCCAGCUGCACGGUGCUGCUGGGGCUGCUGCAGAAGAAUCGCAGGCGACAGAAGAGGAUGGGACAGGGCAUGCUCAGCAUAGCCGACGCUGUCUACAAGGUCCCCAAAGAGCUGGAGAGCCACAGGGAGCACCGGGGCCGGGUCUUCUUCCUGGGCCGCCAGCCCUCCACCCACUCCAGCACCUACGUCAACCUGCACCAGGUCUCGGCACGUGUGCAGCUGCCCCCUGGGGAGUACGUGGUGGUGCCGUCCACCUUCAGGCCCUUCAAGGACGGCGACUUCUGCCUGAGGGUGUUCUCGGAGAAGAACGGGGUGACAGGGGGACCUGGCUCCGCGCAGGUGCAGGCCCUGGAAAUUGGGGAUGUAGUAGCUAGAAGCCCACAUGAGCCACACCCCAAUGAGGUGGAAGAAGACGGCCAGCUCUGGAGCCUGUUUGAGAAGCUUGCAGGGAAGGAUUCUGAGAUCAGUGUCAAUGAACUCAAGACGGCUCUGAAUGAGGUGUUUUCCAAACGAGCAGACAUCAAAUUCGAUGGAUUCAACAUCAACACUUGCAGGGAGAUGAUCAGCCUGAUGGAUAGCAAUGGGACGGGCACCUUGGGGCUGGUGGAAUUCAAGACGCUCUGGUUGAAGAUUCAGAAGUAUUACGAGAUCUAUCGGGAAACUGAUUAUAACCACUCGGGGACCAUGGAUGCCCACGAGAUGAGGACAGCCCUGAAGAAGGCAGGUUUCACCCUUAGCAACCAGGUACAGCAGACCAUUUCCAUGCGGUAUGCAUGCAGCAAACUUGCCAUCGACUUUGACAGCUUCCUUGCUUGUAUGAUCUGCCUGGAGACCCUCUUCAAACUGUUCAGCCUUCUGAACAAGGACCAGAAUGGCAUUGUCCGGCUCUCUCUGGCAGAGUGGCUGUGCUGUAUGUUGGUCUGACCCAGGGUUGUGGACAUUGGUGAUGCUCCCUGCCAGCCUGCCUGCCUCUUUUCUCCCUUUCUUUACAGUUUUGUGAACAUUUAUCCUCAAGGGGGCAUUCACUGGUGAUUCAUCUCUUUCUUGCCGUUUCUUGUUCCCUGAGAUCCUGGCCUGUCCCACUGGAGCAGUCCGGGGAGCCCGAGAUCUCUUUCAGCAGCAUUUAAGCUGAUCCCAGAGCACAAUGGAGAGACAGAAAUUAAUUAAAGUUGUGGGUCAAAAUGGUUUCUGCCUUCCUCUAGCGAUAUGUAAUCUGGGGGGUGCCCUGGGGUGUUCCUGCUUUAGAAAAGACGUUCUUGAGCAAUGACGCAGCCCAAAGCUGCUGAAAGAUGUGAAAUGUGGGUGAAUUUCUUGGAGGAAAGGCCUGCUAUAGAUUAAACUGCCUCUGGGGACUGCCUUCAGGAAAGGAGCUGCCCCUGCCCUUCUGAGGAGGGUGCAGGGAAGGGCUGCUGGGGGAGAGGCCUUUCUUCCUCACUUGCAGACGGGAGAAAUUGCUAUACUGCAGGUCGGCAUGGGCUAAAGGAAAGGAUAGGAAAAUUCUUGCUGAGGGGAAUUCUUACCUGACAAAUAGCUUGAGGGGAAAUGCAGUUCAGGUGAGUUUUGCUCAUGGCGGAACACAACGAUCUUUGUUGUUGGUAAGAAAAUAGGUACCAUAGCCUAGUGUCCUAAUGGGUAGCUGGGGCAGAGCUGACUCUCAUACGCGGAUGUUGGAAAUGAAGUGUACAGGAAGAUGAGUGUCUUAGUCAGUUUGGGCUGUCUGAGCAAAUACCAGAGACCAGGUGGCUUAUAAAAAAACAGACACAUUUUCUCACAGUUGUGGAGGCUAGAAGUCCGAGAUAGGAGCAGCAUAGUUGGGUUCUGGAGAUCUCUCUCAGACUAUAGACUUCUCAUUGUGUCCUCACAGGGUGGAGAGCAGAGGGGAAGUAAGAUCUCUCAUGAUUCUUGGAAGAACACUAAUCCCAUUCAUGAGGGCCCCACCCUCAUGACCUUAUCCAACCCUAAUUAGCCCUCCAGGUCCCACCUCCUGAUACCACCACAUUGGGGGGUGUGGUUUCAACGUAUGAAUUCGAAGGGGAUACAGCCAUUCAGCCCAUAGCUGUGACCUACUGGAGAGAAAACACACAUUUAUGCCUUGGCCUCUGCAUUAGUCUGAUUAAAGAUUAACUUUUGACCUCCAGAAGUAGAGCUGGAUGAACGUUCCUUAUAAGAACAUGAUUUAUAAGUAUGGUAUAACACCCGUCAGCUUGUUUUUUUUUUUUUUUGAAGUAUAGUUGAUUUACAAUAUUGUGUUAGUUUCAUGUGUAGAGCAAAGUGAUUUAGGUAUAUAUAUAUAUAUAUAUUUUUUCAGAUUAUUUUCCAUUAUAGGUUAUUACAAGAUAUUGAAUAUAGUUCCCUGUGCUAAACAGUAGGACCUUGUUGUUUAUCCAUUCUAUAUAUAAUAGUUUGCAUCUGCUAACUUCAAUCUCCCAAUCCAUCCCUCCCCCUCCUCCCCUUGGCAACCUCAAGUCUGUUCUCUAUGUCUGGGAGUCUGUAUCUGUUUUGUAAAUAGGUUCAUUUGGGUCAUAUUUUAGAUUCCAAAUGUAAGUGAUACCAUAUGGUAUUUGUCUUUCUCUUUCUG